GACGGAAAAAGAGCAACGCCGUUCAAACAUCGAUUUUGUCUCUCCGGACCUGGAGAUCUCUCUCUCUCUCUUCUUCCUCCUCCUCCUCCCAAAUCCUUUCUCCUCGUCGCACGCGCACGCCCACGCGCUUCAUCUUCAUCAGCCUCGAUUCAAGUUUUGAGGAGCAUUGUGGUGCUAGGAUGGGUGUGAAGCAGGCUCUAAGGAGCAUCGAUGCGUUCCCAAGAGCUGAGGAUCAUCUUCUUCAGAAAACUCAAUCUGGUGCCGUUGUAUCCAUUGUUGGGCUCUUUAUAAUGGCUACGUUGUUCUUGAGCGAGCUGAGUUUCUAUCUUAACACACUUACCGUGCACCAGAUGUCAGUGGACUUAAAGCGUGGAGAAACUCUUCCAAUUCAUGUAAACAUGACGUUCCCAUCUUUGCCUUGUGAUGUAUUGAGCAUGGAUGCUAUCGACAUGUCAGGGAAGCAUGAAGUGGAUCUUGAUACAAACAUUUGGAAGCUCCGUCUCAACAGUCAUGGUCAUAUCAUUGGCACAGAAUAUAUAUCUGAUCUUGUUGAAAAGGAGCAUGAUCACUCUUCUCACAAGCACGAUGAACACAAGAAUGAGACGGAAGCAUUAAAUAUACUUGGGUUUGACGAAGCUGCUGAGACGUUGAUUAAAAAGGUGAAGCAAGCAUUGGCGGAUGGAGAAGGAUGUCGGGUUUAUGGAGUCCUAGAUGUACAAAGGGUUGCUGGAAACUUCCACGUUUCAGUUCACGGACUGAACAUCUACGUUGCUCAAAUGAUAUUUGGAGGGUCCAAAAACGUUAACGUGAGCCAUAUGAUUCAUGAUCUAUCGUUUGGGCCCAAGUACCCUGGAAUUCACAACCCACUUGAUGACACAAACCGAAUGCUGCAUGACACUAGUGGAACAUUCAAGUACUACAUUAAGAUUGUUCCGACAGAAUAUAGAUAUCUUUCAAAAGACAUACUGACAACGAAUCAGUACUCUGUAACGGAAUAUUACACACCUAUGAACGAAUUUGACCGGACAUGGCCAGCCGUCUACUUCUUGUAUGAUCUUUCACCCAUCACUGUGACCAUAAAGGAAGAACGCCGUAGUUUUCUCCACUUGAUCACUCGGCUUUGCGCUGUAUUAGGGGGUACCUUUGCUUUGACAGGAAUGCUAGAUCGUUGGAUGUUCCGUUUGAUAGAAUCAUUCACCAAGAAACCGAGUACCAGAAGCAUACACAAGUGAGAAACCGAGAGAAGAGAAAAAGAUCAAGGAAGGAAGAAGAAUCUGUCAAACCCUAAAUCAUGAAUCUACCUUCUGAGACAACACCCACCAGAGAGAUUACAAGAAACUCCUGGGGAGUGAUACAUUGCAAGAUAAAAAAUCAGAACAUGGAUGUAGUUUUGCAUGUUGUCAGUCUUUUUGAGUAUUUUUAUCUCUUAUGUAUUCUCUGGUCCUCCCUACAUCAUCUAGUAGAAUUAUAUGUAAUUUUAUAAAAACAUUGCAUCUUGCGAUAUGAUAGUUUUGUAACAA